UCAGACUUGUUUGAGAUGAUUGAGAAGAUGCAGGGAAGCAGGAUGGAUGAACAAAGAUGCUCCUUCCCACCCCCUCUCAAGACAGAAGAGGAUUACAUCCCCUAUCCCAGUGUCCAUGAGGUCCUGGGGCAUGAAGGGCCCUUCCCCCUCAUCCUGCUGCCUCAUUUUGGGGAUUAUUGGAUUGAAGGCACCAAUUAUGAACUCAGCAGUAUCCUGGAGACAGAGCAGCUUCAGUCUCCCACCUCCAAAGUGAAGCUAGAGUGCAACCACACAGCCCGGCUCUACCGAAAGUAUUUCCUAGGCAAGGAACACUUCAACUACUAUGUCCUGGACACUGCCCUGGGCCAUUUGGUGUUCUCACUCAAGUAUGGUGUAAUUGGAGAUCAAGAACACCUCAGGUUGCUGCUCAGGAUGAAGUGUAGGACCUACCAUGACAUCAUCCCCAUCUCCUGCCUCACCGAAUUCCCCAACGUAGUCCAGAUGGUGAAGUUGGUGUGUGAGGACGUCAAUGUGGAUCGAUUCUACCCAGUGCUUUACCCCAAGGACUCCUGCCUCAUUGUCACCUUCUAUGAACACGUCAUCAGCAAUAACUUCAAGUUUGGGGUCAUUUACCAGAAACUCGGGCAGACCUCUGAGGAGGGGUUGUUUAGCACCAAUGAAGAGAGCCCUGCUUUCGUGGAGUUCCUAGAAUUCUUGGGUCAGAAGGUCAAACUACAGGACUUUAAGGUAUUCCAGGGUGGCCUAGAUGUGACUCACGGGCAGACGGGGACAGAGUCCGUCUACUGCAACUUUCGAAACAAGGAGAUUAUGUUCCAUGUGUCUACCAAACUGCCCUACACAAAAGGGGACGCCCAUCAGUUACAGAGGAAAUGGCACAUCGGGAAUGACAUUGUGGCCAUGGUCUUCCAGGAUGAGAACACGCCCUUUGUGCCUGACAUGAUUGCUUCCAACUUCCUACACGCCUAUGUGGUGGUUCAGUCGGAGGAUGCUGGGCCUGAUGGGCUCCUUUACAAGGUAUCUGUCACUGCCAGGGAUGAUGUCCCUUUCCUUGGGCCUCCACUUCCAGACCCAGCUGUCUUCAGGAAGGGGCCUGAAUUCCAGGAAUUCUUGCUGACAAAGCUGAUAAAUGCAGAGUAUGCCUGCUACAAGGCAGAAAAGUUUGCCAAAUUGGAGGAGCGGACCAGGCCUGCCCUCCUUGAGACCCUCUAUGAGGAGCUGCACAUUCACAGCCAGUCCAUGAUGGGCCUGGGUGGGGACGAGGACAAAAUGUAGAACGGAGGAGGGGGCAGUGGCGGCUUCUUUGAGUCCUUCAAGUGUGUGAUUCCAAGUCGCAGCCAGUCUAUGGACGCCAUGGGCCUCAGCAACAAAAAGGCAAACACAGUGUCCACCAGCCACAGUGGGAGCUUUGGCCCCAACAACCCAGACUUGGUGAAAGCAGCUGGCAUAUCACUGAUCGUGCCUGGGAAGAGCCCCACCAGGAAGAAGUCUACCCCCUUCGGCUCCCGCCGGAGCAGCGCAAUAGGCAUCGAAAACAUCCAGGAGGUUCAGGAGAAGAGACGUGAUGCUAAGCCACCCCGCUGUCCCCAUGUGCCCCGAAGAGAGAGCCCGCCGGCUGGCCAGAAGACCCCAGACAGUGGACACGUCUCCCAGGAGCCCAAGUCAGAGAAUUCAUCUAACCAAAGCUCCCCGGAGAUGCCCACCACCACCAAAAACAGGGCAGAGAUGGCCAUCCAGAAGGCCGAGGCGCUGAAGGAUUUCUCCCACUCAUCCUCCAGUGCCAGCAGCUUCGCCAGCGUUGUAGAGGAGACGGAGGGCACCACCGAAGAUGACAUGGGCAUGGAAAGUGUGUCCUCCUCUAGGAUGCCACACAAGAGAGACUCCUUCAUCUACAGUACUUGGCUAGAGGACAGCGUCAGUACUGCCAGUGGGGGAAACUCGCCAGGCCCCUCUAGGUCACCACAGCCAGAUGCCAGGAAAUUGAGGGACCCUACCUGUCCAGAGAUUAAUAUCCAGAUGGAGGCACCUGAGGAGCAGCAGCAGGGGCACAAACCAUUUGGGCUGAUAGCCCUCCCAGCCAGGCUUCCAUGGAUAGGACAUCCCAGACCCCACGGCAGAAGUACAAGCUGA